AUGGCCUGGAGUGCGCUGCUCAUCUUAUGGGUGGUCGCUGUUGUCGCCGUUGAUAAACAUGAUGACACCAGCUCCACAGACUCAGAGAACACCACAACAGCGCAAACACCACCCAUCCCUCUCAGACCUGAGUACGCUCAUCCAGCUGGUGUGGAAGCGCUAGACCCAUACAAUUCAGAAAAGAACCCACCACCCCACAGAGACUAUUUGGAAGAAGACUAUGACCACGAGGGCCAUAAAGACGACGACCAUGACAACAGAGACGACGCGGAUGAGUUGCCGUCUCUUUCCGGUGACCACUUACUUCAGGGUUCUUCGGAACUUCCGAUGUUUCUGCUGGAACCACAGCAUGCGUAUGUGGUACGGAAUAAACCGGCAACGUUGAGGUGUCGUGCAGCGAAUGCGUUGCAAGUGUAUUUCAUGUGCAACGACGUCAGGUCCGUUGGCAGCACUCAGUUCGAGUUCGUGGACCCCCAAAGCGGGAUCAGGAUUGUCGAAGCGGAGUGCAAUGUUACGAGGGACAAUUUGGAGGAGUAUUUUGGUGAAGAUCGUUUCGCAUGUAGAUGCCACGCCUGGAGCAGUCGGGGCGAUAUCAGGAGUCAGCCGGCGAUCGUGGAAUUAGCUUAUCUCAAGAAGCAGUUCGCCAUAUCACCAGCAUCUACAUCAGUCGAGGCCGGUUCAGCUGCAUCAUUGCGCUGCUCGCCCCCACCCGCUGCACCACCACCCAGGAUAUCCUGGCUGAAGAAUGGCAUUCCUCUGCAGCAGGACCACAACGUUCUUAUAUCUGCUGAAGGAAAUCUAUUAAUCUCGAGAGCGUCUUUACAGGACAUGACAAACUAUAGUUGCGUUGCGGAAAACAUCGCCGGAAAAAGAGUUUCCGAGCCCGCCACCCUCACAGUUUACGUGAAUGGUGGUUGGAGUGCAUGGGGACCCUGGACGCAGUGUCGCUGCAACGGGCGUGUGUCGGGGCAGCGUCGCACAAGGACGUGCACGGAGCCCCAUCCCCUCCACGGCGGAGCCCCAUGUCAGGGGCAGAGCGUCCAGAAAACGUCAGAUUGUGUCUUAUGUCAAAACGCAUCUCCUGGUUCGUCCGGCCGAUGGGGAAGUUGGACGGAGUGGUCUGAAUGUGGAUCUGACUGCAGGCAGUCAAGGCGAAGGUCUUGCGUUGGAGAAACGUGCUCCGGUGCCCAAGUGCAGCAUGCUGAUUGUAUCGGUGACUUCUGCGGAGUGCAUGGAGUUGCCGCACACAGUGACAUUCCACUAUACAUCGGUAUUGCUGUAGCUGUGGUGGUGUUCCUAGCUGGCGCUGCUGUUCUCUAUAAGCUGCUGCAAAGGAAGACCAGGGACCAUUCUUUAUACACAAUGACUAGGACAGAUUUCCAACCGGAACUAUAUCCGACAGUUGAAAAGCAGUCACUCUCGCUAGGCCCAGACCUGAUGCAGCAUCGUCCACCCCGCUAUGAACAUCCACCACCCGACCCCAGAACGGAACAUCACUACGAUGUACCUCAUUUGACUAAUAGCUACGCAUCGCCAGUUGACCAGCAAGCCACCCCAUGCGCGUCAAGCAAGGGUCACAGUGAUGAAUACGACACGAAGCCCUACAGCGAGUCGGAACAUUCCGCUUCCAGCUGCUUCACCAGCUCCGGCUCCAUGUACGACGCAACAAAUGAAUCGGUAACUCUACAACUAGCGGAACUCGUCUCGAACUCGCCAACAUCGCAAUCGCUGUCGGUUUCGGGUUCUGGAGCGAGACUCGCUCUGCCAGCAGCCGGGGUCGCUCUCUCGAUACCAGAAGGUGCCCUUAGUAGGGGUCGCCGCGAGCAAAUAUACGUCGCGGUUGUCAAAGAUGACAGAUACAGAGCGAGGCUUGGGAAAGGUAUCACGCAACUCAGCCCGAUAGUUAAGUGUGGACCGCCUAGACUUCAGAUGAACAAGUCAGUGAUAUUACAAAUACCCCACUGCGCCAGUCUCAAGCACGGCUUCUGGAAUCUAGCCCUGUACGCGAUAGACAACAACUCCAAGGACAACUCGCAACCGCACUGGAAGAAAGUCGUCAAUCUCGGCCAAGAGACGAUCAAUACACCGGUGUUCACCCAAUUGGACUGCGACAAGAUAUUCCUCGUGACCGAUAUGCUGUCCACAUUCGUGCUGGUCGGGGAAAGUUUUAAUGGAAAAGCCGUAAAGGCACUCCAAUUAGCCGUGUACGCCUCGCCCACAAUUAAUGAUUCAUGCACGGAGUACACGAUCCGACUUUACGUAUUCGAAGACACGCCGUGCGCCACUUACUACUGUCAGGAACAGGAGAAGAAAUCGGGCGGCGUUCUCUUGGAACGACCGAAAACCCUACUAUUCCAAGACGGCGGAUCCAAUCUGUGCCUGAGCUUGGAACACGUAAGCCCCGGCUGGAAACCGAAGCCGGGAGUGGCGUACCAAGAAAUACCUUUCCACCACAUUUGGACGUCGAACUCCAACGCUAUCCACUGCAUUUUCACAUUGGACCGGUCAUACAAUUGCGACAAUAUUGACUUCACAAUUUCCGCAUGUCAAAGGACCAAUCCGUCGUACAAGCAAACGUUCCGAAUAUCGGUCGACGAGGUGACUCACUCGCCGAGGGGCCGGUCGCCUCGCGGUGAGACGAGAAAUUUCAAUAUAACUGAAAACUUACUUGAAACCAGAAUGUGCAGGAGCGAAGCCAGCGAUGAGGGGAGCGUGAAACGCAACGUAACUGUAAACGAAACGGGGGUAAACGAAACCGAUGGACCUUUCAAAUUGAGCGUUCGACUUAAGCGUCAAUUGUGCUCGAUUUUGGAUCCGCCAAAUGCAAGAGGGAACGACUGGCGCGCGUUAGCAUCUAGAUUGGGGGUGGAUAGGUAUACCACCUGGUUCGCGACUAAGAGUUCGCCGACUGAGGCUAUUCUGGAGCUUUGGGAAUGUAGGGAGCGAAGCCCUGCCGCGGUUUCGUCAUUGGCGACCGCUCUGCGGCAAAUGGACAGGCACGAUGCAGCAGAUCUGCUGCAAAAUAGACCUUCCUGGUUAUGA